CCAUUUCUUUUGGGGCCGUAUAGCGGUUGGAAGCGUUUUGGAUUUGUUUCUAGGUGCCGUGUCGGUGCAAAAUGAGUUCUUAAGGUCGAUUUUGACAGACGAUAUCAAAACCAUAAUAAGUAGUUUAUGUACUCAACAAAACGAUAUAGGGUCAACAUGCUAUCUUGUGUCACAUGGAUAUAUAUCAUUACCCGAUAGCAGCAGUCAGGCUUCUAGCAUCGCUCUUAUCUGCUUUAAUUCUGAAGCCUUUAAUAAUGCAUGAGCUGAAAGUAGAAAUAAACGGUGUAAAUAUACUUUGAAUAAGCCUAAACGCGAGUGUAGUGUCAAUUGUAGUAGCAGAAUGAUGAUAUACGUGUUAAGUCAGCGUUUCUCAGGGCGUUCUCGCUGGAAGAAAGGUCGUCUUAAAAAAAGGAAAAAGACAAAGAAGAAAAUUAUGGCACAGGAAAAGGAGCAAAACAAAACUCACGAAAGAAAGCACACGUGUGAUAUGAUGUUAAGAUUUAUCUGUGUUGCUGUUUUCAUAUUCACAUGUUGUCAUAAACUGUCACGUAGACGUGUGUUUGCCGUAUUGUGGACACAGGUUGUUGUAUCUGUUGUGAUUUUGAUUUACAACGAAAACAGUUAUAACAUGUUGACACAAUUGAAUAUUGAUGACGGAUAUAGCGAUGGAAAACUGAAUGUAACUGCGGUGUCAAGCAGUGAGAUAUCGGCAAAGACAAAUUAAUAUGGCGUCUAAUUUUACGGUUUAUGUUCCAAAAAAAUGACGCGGAUCGUAAUCAAUUUGAACCUUAAGUCACCUUGUCUGGCUUCCAAAGAUUUCAUUUAAUUGGGAUAUCUGAAAGAAUAGGUCUUCAAAUAUUCCUCAGCGGCAAUAAAUUGCUUGAAAAAAACGCUUUAAAACGGAAACGGGAAAUGGCAACAGACAAAUGCACGUUUGUGAUCAACAGUAAGUGAAAUUGGAAAUUUUAGCGUAUUCAGCAAAACCAUACCUUUUGAAAAUAUCAAAUAUCCUCAAUAUUGGAAGUUCAACACGUUCAUAUUAUAUAUCAGUGAAGCUUGAAUAAGAAUAACAAAUCUGUCUGAAUAUAUGUUACAUGUAAAACUAUUUUUAUGCAAUACCGACGUGCAGAAUGGUAUGAUACAAUCUGGAUGUAAAAUGAAUUCGUUUACUAUACUGUUAUACUGUUAUACUGUCUCGAUUAACAAUGUUUAUCCGUUUGUAACAGAAAUGCUGCAAAAUAGACAUAAGCCCAUUAUUACUCGCACUGCCAUAAUAAAUCUUCAGAUCACCAAAGGAGUUAGGACAUCCUAAAAGUUAACUGUUCUCGUUCUGUAAUCAAAGCAAAACAAAUAUAAAUAAAAUAUAAAUGUUCA